GCGGCCACUUGGGUCCGUGGGCUGCAGCAGACUCUGAAGCGGCAUCUGCCCGGCGGGGCGGCUCCUGCUGCUGCUGCUGCCAUGAAGCGAGGAGGGUCCAGCAGGAGAGGGGCCAAGAGCGACGGCCAGAAGCCGAGGAAGGACCGCGCGGGCCCCGCGGUGGGCGAAUGGCAAGGCUGGCUUCGCGAUGCUCUGAAAGAAACAGGAGUCUUCAUUGCAAAAGUGGAUAACAAGAUAUGGCUUACCCUUCUAAUUGCUGUCAUUAUAGGAAUUCUUCACUGGUACUAUAUAUCAACUCUCUUUGAAAAUGACCGCCAUUUUUCUCAUCUUUCAGCUCUGGAAAAAGAAAUGUCUUUCAGAACCGAAAUGGGUCUUUAUUACUCCUAUUUCAAGACCAUCAUUGAAGCACCAUCCUUUUUUAAUGGUGUCUGGAUGAUAAUGAAUGACAAUCUGACUGAAUAUCCUGCUACAAUCAAUACACUGAAGAGGUUUAAUCUCUAUCCAGAGAUUGUACUUGCAAACUGGUACCGCAUGUAUACGGGAAUAAUGGAUGCUGCUGGUAUUAAGACACAACACUGUUGGAAUGUGAAUAGGGGAGAAGAUAUCAGCCCAGUGGAAAGCUGCGAAGGUUUGGGAGACCCUGCUUCUUUUUAUGUGGCUAUAGUGUUUCUUCUGAAUGGAUUAAUGGUAUCGGUGUUUUUCCUAUAUGGUACAUAUCUCAGUGGAAGCAGAUCUGGUGGUCUGCUUACAGUGGCAUGCUUUUUUUUCAACCAUGGAGAGAGUACUCGUGUGAUGUGGACUCCUCCUCUACGUGAAAGCUUCUCUUAUCCAUUCCUUGUCAUUCAGAUGCUAUUACUAACAUAUAUUCUCAGGACUCAGAAUAUUAAUAGAAGAAGCCUGAUUGCACUAUCUGUUUCUAAUGUUUUUUUCAUGCUUCCAUGGCAGUUUGCUCAGUUUGUUCUUCUGACACAGGUUGCAUCCCUUUUUGGUGUAUAUAUUUUAGGAUUCAUUGAUUCAUCCAAACUACAGAAGAUACUUUAUGCACAUAUGGCAUCACUCGGAGUAUGUUUUGUCCUUAUGUUUGGAAACUCUAUGUUGCUGACAUCUUUUUAUGCUGCUGCUUUGAUAGUUAGUUGGGGCAUUUUGGAAUUUGGUCCGAAGUACCUGAAACUGCAUAGAAAAAAUGUUCCUCUAUGGGCCAUUGAAGGAUUUGCAUGUCUCUUUGGAACCAUUACCUUGAAGUCCUUGAUGUGUCUGAUAUUUGGAAUAACUGAUGAUGCUCAUAUAACCAAUCUUUUAAAGGCAAAAUUUACUAGUUAUAGAGAUUUUGAUACAUCAAUGUACACCUGUGCUGUGGAGUUUGGUUUCUUGAGUAUUGAGACUCCAAUAAACUACAUGAAGACACUGCUGCUCCCAGUUGUUCUUGUUGUUUUUUCAGUAAUCGUUGUGAAGGCAGUUCAGUAUAUCAUGGGUCACGGAAGAAGACAGGGGGAUCCUUUUAUUCAUGGAGAGAUAGUGUACCAUGCACUGCAGCUUAUGUUUUUUACAGUUCUUGCUUUUUUAAUUAUGAGAUUAAAGCUGUUUCUAACACCUCAUAUGUGCAUUAUGGCAUCUCUGAUAUGUUCAAAACAACUGUUUGGAUGGGUCUUCCACAAAAUCCAGCCUGCAACAUUUGUCAUUGCAGUUUUAGCAAUGAUGUCAUUUGAAGGAAUAGCAAACAUUCAAAAGGAAUGGAAAGUUAAGGGAGAAUUUAGCAACUUGCCUCAGGAGGAACUUUUAUUGUGGAUAACAGCAAAUACCAAACAAGAUGCAGUUUUUGCAGGUACAAUGCCUAUAAUGGCAAGUGUAAAAUUGUCUACCCUUCGACCAAUUGUGAAUCAUCCUCAUUAUGAAGAUGCAGGGUUACGGGCAAGAACAAAAAUAGUUUAUUCCAUGUAUAGUCGAAAACCAGCAAAAGAGGUGAAAAGGAAUUUAGUAAAGAUGGGAGUGAAUUACUACAUUUUAGAAGAUUCUUGGUGCCUCAGACGUACUGGGCCUGGCUGUAGCAUGGCAGAAAUUUGGGAUCUAGAAGAUACUAUCAAUGCUGGAAAAGUUCCAUUAUGCAACGUUAUGAGCAGGAAUUCCAGACCAUACUUCAGAACAGUAUUCAACAACAAUGUAUUCAAAGUAUUAGAAGUUACUGCAUAAUGACAGUACAACAUACUGAUUAGAAUACUGGACUUUUAAACAUAAGAAAAUGAAAAUAUUUUCAAAUACAAUAGGAUCCCCAUAUCUGCAGGAAUAGGAUCCAUGGUUUCACUUUCCAGUGGUUUAUUACAGCCCUAUAUACAUCAUACAAGAAUGCCCAAUUGUGGCCUUUGUCCCACCUCCUUGUAAGUUUUAUAUAUAUAUAGGGUUCAUACAUCCACAGUUAUAGUUAUCUAUGGUAGAUCAUGGAACCAGUCCACUGUGGAUACUGGGGUCCUGCUGUAUGACUAUUUUAUUCUUGGGUCAGUUUUUUUAAAAUUUGCUGUGCAAAUGUUUCUGAUCUAAACAAAUAUUGAUCCAAAGCACAUAAGGAAAACUGGCUAUCUUUAAACCUUGAAUAACUAGGAAAUAACCAAUGGUGAUACAGGAUUUUAAGAUGCCAUACAUAGUCAUAACAUAUUGUUAAAUUCAUAUCCCCAGCAUGCUUUUCAUAUCAUGCUUUAUAAAUCUGUACAGUUUUGUGAAGAAGUUGAAUAAUUUCCACUAUUGCGUUUAUAUGCAAGAGACUGUUAGUUUUAUUGAAACUUUUUUAAAAGUGUCAUUGAUAUUUUUAGGUCAUUCUAGAGUAAAUUGUAGUUUUUAGAUCAUUUUAGAACUUUUGUUCUAUGUGGAGAUUGUUCUGAACAACUUUGGCCUUAUACACAAGAACAUACAAAAUACAUAUUCUGCCAUUUUUCUUUGGGAGUUGCCAGAAUCAGACUAGUGAAACUAGAGAUGCUGACUCAGAAGCAGCACCCAGAGGAGGUGAGCAGAGAAACCAGAGUGCUGCCUCUGAGUGGGCGCCUGCUGGAGGAGGCAAGCCUGGGAACUGCAGAGCAUCUGUUGGCCAACUGUCAGAUCUGCACAAACUAGUGAUUUUUGCCAAUCUCUAACUGAAACUCAUUUGCUGUAAGCCGUAUUUUUGUGACUAACUAUUGAAACGUUUGCUAUCACAAGUUUUGCUAACAAAUUUUGCACAUAUUAAACUUUAGCAAGGAGAUUAUUUCCCUUUGUGUAGUAAUACAGAAGACAUUUGUUCUCUUUGCAGAAGAAGUCUAAAUUGAUAGGACAUAAUACAUUACACAAUAAAUAAAAUAUAACCAGUCAGCCAGGGUAAAACAAAAUACCAGAUAAACUUUUUGUGUGUGUGUAGCUUCAGUACACAUCUUCAGAUAAAGUUACCAUUUGACAGGGAAAUCAGCAACAUGACAAACAUUAAUACAACAGUAUUCUUUUGUCAAAUUUUUAUAGAAGUGUAAUUUGAUUUCUGCCAUGAGUAAGAUUCUGGUGAUGAUGCACACAUUUCGGAUUGGUAGUCCAGAUUUGUUGAGUGGAGGAAGAAGAUAUGCUGCAGAAACAACUAUAUGCUUUUGAACUGCCAAAAAAAAAAA